AUGGCUUAUCAUCCUCCUAGCGGGCCUCCUCCGUACUAUGGGUACCCACCACCCCCUAGCUUAGCCCCCGGAGCGUUUACGUACGUGCCAGCCCCCGUUAUGAUGCCGAUGUACCCUGAAAAUAACAACCCUACCUACGUGACUAAUUACAUAUACCCACCGCAGCCAGCGCCCGAGCCUCCUAUAAUUAUAGAUAACAUUGAAAGUAACGUCGUGGAUUGGGUGCCAACUACACCUCACGAGGCGCAUUCCCUGUACGGCAGGGCCUUUCUGGCUGGCAGAGAAGGUUGGGAUAACAGUCCCUUGUGGGCCAUCAGAGCCCACCACAACGGUAGCCUUGUGCCCGGAAAAUUAGCCAUUAAACAUCGAGCUGCUUAUAUUCCUUACGGUGGCAGAGAGGUGCCAGUACAUAACUUUGAGGUGUUGUGCGCGCCACAAAUCGCUGUAAAAUGGGUGCCCAUGAGCCACGGUCAAGUACCCUCGGGCGCCGUCAUAGCUGGGAACACUCAUGACGCUGAACCUCUCUACCUCGCUAGAGUGAGACAUAAGGGCUCUCUCACACCUGGCAAGGUUCAACCCAGUAACUCGUGUUGUUCUAUAUCUUACGGAGGUGUUGAAAUAUCCUUCGCACAGUACGAAGUUUUAUGUUACGAGGAAGGAUAUAACUAA